UUUUAAUCUGGAAAAACAUUUUUUUGGAAAAGAGCUCAGAAACUCAACAACAACAACAAAAUGAAGUUGAUUCUGUUAUUCAUUUUACUAAUCUUUUUGAAUGUAGAUUUAUCAAAAGCAACUCCAAUUGAUUCGGGAAAUUCUACUGAAAAGAAUAUAGAUUGUGAAAUUAAAAUAAUUAAAGGAAUACAAAAAUUAAUUAUUAAAUCUUCUGGACAAAAUCAAACUCUAAUUGAAUCAGUAUUAAAAACGGAUAAUUUAGAAGGGAAAUUACAUGAACUUAUAGCUACAUUUAUAAGUAGUAUUGGUGAACAAAUAAAUGGACAGGAUUCUCAAUGAAUAUGGAACAUUUGGCAGAUAGCUAGCUAAUUUACAAUAUUUUUUUCUUAUUUUCUGUAUUAUUUAAUAAAUGAUGAUUUAAUUUGAACUUUGCGAAAAAUUUGAUUUUUUCUUUUUUUUUAGUUUAUAAAAAUGAUAAAAUUAUUUUAAUUAUGAUCAUUAAUAAAAAAUUAAGUUACA